GCAGGGACCGGCGUCUCCCGGAAAAAACGGUUGUACGUGAAGCUGCUGCCGCGGGACGUCGCCGGGACGGCCGUGUUCGACGUCAAGCUGAGCUCCAAGAGCAAAGCCCUCCCGCACUACAUGAAAAUAGGGGAAAUAGGUCAUUUUGCCAUUUGGUGUAAAAAAGGGCCGGUUUUGCCAUCCGAGCCCCUGCCGCCCGUCCCCAAGCCACGGACCAUCAGCGCCGGCCUGCAGCAGCUCUCGCUCCAGCCCCCUGACCCACCCCAGCAGUCCCCCGGGGCUCGACGCAGCAUCAAACGUGCUUCCCAGCACGACGCCACCAACACCUCCAGCCUCUCGGCUAUGGACGGAGUGCCUUUCACCCUACACCCCAGAUUCGAAAGCAAGCUCAGCUGGGGCAGCAACGCUAUCCUUGCAGACCUGAACGUGAAGUCACUUGCUGACAUUGAGGAGGAGUACAACUACGCUUUUGUGGUCGAAAGGACGGCCGCUGCCAGGCUCCCGCCCGGUGUUUGUUAG